AUGGACCACUCCUUCAGCGGAGCACCCCGCUUCCUGACGCGGCCAAAGGCCUUUGUGGUAUCUGUUGGCAAGGAUGCCACGCUGAGCUGCCAGAUCGUGGGCAACCCCACGCCACACGUGAGCUGGGAGAAGGACCGGCAGCCAGUAGAGGCAGGAGCGCGCUUCCGCCUGGCCCAGGACGGGGAUGUGUACCGCCUCACAAUUCUCGAUCUGGCGCUAGGUGACAGCGGGCAGUAUGUGUGUCGCGCGAGGAACGCCAUAGGGGAGGCCUUCGCCGCCGUCGGCCUGCGAGUGGACUCGGAGGGCACGUGUGCCGAGCAGGCGCCCCACUUUCUGCUGCGGCCCACAUCCAUUCGCGUGCGCGAGGGCGCAGACGCCACCUUCCGAUGUCGCGUUGGAGGCUCACCACAACCUGCUGUGAGCUGGUCCAAAGAUGGGCGGCGCCUGGGCCCACCCGAUGCCCCCCAUGUGCGUGUGGAAGAACACGGGGAGUCGAGCGCGCUUCGCAUCCGUUCGGCAAGGCCUCGCGAUGGUGGCACCUACGAAGUCCGAGCAGAAAAUCCGCUGGGCUCUGCCAGCGCUGCCGCCGCUCUGGUGGUGGACUCGGACGCCGAGGUUGCCGGACCACCCGGCACCUCCACCGCCACGCUCCUGGCGCACCUGCAGCAGCGGCGGGAGGCCAUGCGCGCAGAGGGCAUACCCCCUUCUCCACCCGGCGCUGGCACGCGCACCUGCACGGUGACCGAAGGCAAACACGCGCGCCUCAGCUGUUUUGUGACCGGCGAGCCCAAGCCCGAGACAGUGUGGAAGAAGGACGGGCAGCUGGUGACCGAGGGCCGGCGACACGUAGUGUAUGAGGACGAGCAAGAGAACUUCGUCCUUAAGAUUCUUUUCUGCAAGCAGUCCGACCGCGGCCUCUACACCUGCACAGCGUCCAACCUCGUGGGCCAGACCUACAGCUCGGUGCUGGUGGUCGUGAGAGAGCCGACGGUGCCCUUCAAGAAGCGGCUGCAGGACCUGGAGGUACGAGAGAAAGAGUCUGCUACAUUCCAGUGCGAGGUGGCUCAGCCAGCUACCGAGGCGGCGUGGUUCAAGGAGGAGACCCGGCUAUGGGCCAGCGCCAAGUACGACAUCGAGGAGGAGGGCACCGAGCGCCGGCUGACCGUGCGCAACGUCUCGGCAGACGACGACGCUGUGUACAUCUGCGAGACCACAGAGGGCAGCCGCACGGUGGCAGAGCUCUCUGUUCAAGGAAACUUGACCAGAAAGCUGCCUCGGAAGACAGCAGUGCGCACUGGAGACACAGCCAUCUUUUGGGUGGAGCUGGCUGUCCCCGAAGGCCCUGUCCGGUGGCUACGGAACCAGGAGGAGAUGGUGGCAGGGGGUCGGGUUGCCAUCACUGCAGAAGGCACGUGCCACACACUGACCAUCUUCCAGUGCACCUUGGAGGACAUGGGUGAGGUGGCCUUUGUGUCUGGUGGCUGCCGGACGACCACCCAGUUCUGUGUAUCAGCGCCCAGGAGGCCACCCCUGUACCCUCCUGCUGACCCUGUUGUAAAGGCCAAGACAGAGAGUUCUGUGACCCUCAGCUGGUCCGCACCACCCCAUGGGGACCGCCCUGUCACUAUUGAUGGCUAUGUGUUGGAGAAGAGGAAGCUGGGUGCCUAUGCCUGGAGCAGGUGUCACGAAGCUGGAUGGCUGGCCACAACUGAGUUUACCAUCACUGGUGUGGCUGAGGAGGGGGAUUUCCAGUUCCGAGUGUCAGCCAUCAAUCACUUUGGCCAGGGUCCUUACCUUGAAUUUCCAGGGACCAUGCACUUGGUCCCCAUGCUGGCUGUAAAGACACCUCUGAAGGCGGUGGAGGCAGUGGAGGGUGGUGAGGUCACUUUCUCCGUGGACCUCACGGUGGCCUCUUCGGGCGAAUGGUUCCUGGAUGGGGAGGCCUUGAAAGCGAGCAGUAUAUACGUGAUCCGUUGUGACCGCACCCGGCAUAUGCUCACCAUCAGAGAGGUGCCCGCCAGAUUGCAUGGGGCACAGCUGAAGUUUGUGGCUAAUGGCAUUGAAACUAGCAUCCAAAUGGUGGUCCGAGCGGCUCUGGGGCUGCCCAGCAGUAAGCUUCCUGCUGCGGCUGCCCGGGAGGUGCUGGCCCAGUUGCACGAGGAGGCACAGCUGCUGGCUGAGCUGUCGGACCAGGCUGCUGCUGUGACUUGGCUGAAGGAUGGUCGUGAGCUGUCCCUAGGGCCCAAGUAUGAGAUGCAGGUGUCAGCUGGGAGGCGAGCACUGCUGGUGCGGGACGUGGCACAGGAUGACGCUGGCCUCUAUGAGUGUGUCAGUCGUGGGAGCCGCACUGCCUACCAGCUGUUGGUGCAAGACAUAACAGAUGGCUACCGUGACUGGGGCCCAGCAGGACCUCAGAAGCACAUGUGCAAGUGUGCUGGGGCAAAGAUAGCGAGAUACUUGGGUUCCUCUUGCUACCGCUUCUUGCAGUAUGACAAGGGGGUAUGGCAUUGGCUGGAGGCAGCUUUGGACACCAGGCAGGGCAAGGGUACCUCCUCCUGCUCCCUGCAUGAAAAACCCAAGCUGGUAUUUGCCAAGGGGCAGCAGGCACACAGUGAGGUGAAGGCAGAGGCGGGGGCCAGCGCCACACUGAGCUGCGAGGUGGCCCAGGCCCAGACUGAGGUGACAUGGUUCAAGGACGGGAAGAAGCUGAGCUCCAGCUCGAAGGUGCGCAUGGAGGCCUCGGGCUGCUCCAGGAGGCUGGUGGUGCAGCAGGCGGGCAAGGCGGAUGCUGGGGAGUACAGCUGCGAGGCCGGGGGACAGAAGCUCUCCUUCCGCCUGGACGUGGCAGAGCCCAAGAUGGUGUUUGCCAAGGAGCAGCAGGCACGCAGCGAGGUGAAGGCCGAGGCGGGGGCCAGCGCCACACUGAGCUGCGAGGUGGCCCAGGCUCAGACUGAGGUGACAUGGUUCAAGGACGGGAAGAAGCUGAGCUCCAGCUCGAAGGUGCGCAUGGAGGCCUCGGGCUGCUCCAGGAGGCUGGUGGUGCAGCAGGCGGGCAAGGCAGAUGCUGGGGAGUACAGCUGCGAGGCCGGGGGACAGAAGCUCUCCUUCCGCCUGGACGUCACAGAGCCCAAGCUGGUGUUUGCCAAGGAGCAGCAGGCACGCAGUGAGGUGAAGGCAGAGGUGGGGAACAGUGCCACACUGAGCUGCGAGGUGGCCCAGGCCCAGACUGAGGUGACAUGGUUCAAGGACGGGAAGAAGCUGAGCUCCAGCUCGAAGGUGCGCAUGGAGGCCUCGGGCUGCUCCAGGAGGCUGGUGGUGCAGCAGGCGGGCAAGGCGGAUGCUGGGGAGUACAGCUGCGAGGCCGGGGGGCAGAAACUCUCCUUCCGCCUGGACGUGGCAGAACCCAAGCUGGUGUUUGCCAAGGAGCAGCAGGCACGAAGUGAGGUGAAGGCAGAGGCAGGGAACAGUGCCACACUGAGCUGUGAGGUGGCCCAGGCACAGACUGAGGUGACAUGGUUCAAGGACGGGAAGAAGCUGAGCUCCAGCUCAAAGGUGCGCAUGGAGGCCUCGGGCUGCUCCAGGAGGCUGGUGGUGCAGCAGGCGGGCAAGGCGGAUGCUGGGGAGUACAGCUGCGAGGCCGGGGGACAGAAGCUCUCAUUCCAUCUGGACGUCACAGAACCCAAGCUGGUGUUUGCCAAGGAGCAGCAGGCACACAGUGAGGUGAAGGCAGAGGCGGGGGCCAGUGCCACCCUGAGCUGCGAGGUGGCCCAGGCCCAGACUGAGGUGACAUGGUUCAAGGACGGAAAGAAGCUGAGCUCCAGCUCAAAGGUGCGCAUGGAGGCCUCGGGCUGCUCCAGGAGGCUGGUGGUGCAGCAGGCGGGCAAGGCGGAUGCUGGGGAGUACAGCUGCGAGGCCGAGGGACAGAAGCUCUCCUUCCGCCUGGACGUGGCAGAGCCCAAGCUGGUGUUUGCCAAGGAGCAGCAGGCACGCAGCGAGGUGAAGGCAGAGGCUGGGGCCAGUGCCACACUGAGCUGUGAGGUGGCCCAGGCCCAGACUGAGGUGACAUGGUUCAAGGACGGGAAGAAGCUGAGCUCCAGCUCGAAGGUGCGAGUGGAGGCCUCGGGCUGCUCCAGGAGGCUGGUGGUGCAGCAGGCGGGCAAGGCGGAUGCUGGGGAGUACAGCUGCGAGGCCGGGGGCCAGAAGCUCUCCUUCCGCCUGGACGUCGCAGAGCCCAAGCUGGUGUUUGCCAAGGAACAGCAGGCAAACAGCGAGGUGAAGGCCGAGGCGGGGGCCAGCGCCACACUGAGCUGCGAGGUGGCCCAGGCCCAGACUGAGGUGACAUGGUUCAAGGACGGGAAGAAGCUGAGCUCCAGCUCGAAGGUGCGCGUGGAGGCCUCGGGCUGCUCCAGGAGGCUGGUGGUGCAGCAGGCGGGCAAGGCGGAUGCUGGGGAGUACAGCUGCGAGGCCGGGGGGCAGAAGCUUUCCUUCCGCCUGGACGUGGCAGAGCCCAAGCUGGCGUUUGCCAAGGAGCAGCAGGCACACAGCGAAGUGAAGGCAGAGGCGGGGGCCAGCGCCACACUGAGCUGCGAGGUGGCCCAGGCCCAGACUGAGGUGACAUGGUUCAAGGAUGGGAAGAAGCUGAGCUCCAGCUCGAAGGUGCGCGUGGAGGCCUCGGGCUGCUCCAGGAGGCUGGUGGUGCAGCAGGCGGGCAAGGCGGAUGCUGGGGAGUACAGCUGCGAGGCCGGGGGACAGAAGCUCUCAUUCCGCCUGGACGUGGCAGAGCCCAAGCUGGCGUUUGCCAAGGAGCAGCAGGCACACAGCGAGGUGAAGGCAGAGGCGGGGGCCAGCGCCACACUGAGCUGUGAGGUGGCCCAGGCCCAGACUGAGGUGACAUGGUUCAAGGACGGGAAGAAGCUGAGCUCCAGCUCGAAGGUGCGCGUGGAGGCCUCGGGCUGCUCCAGGAGGCUGGUGGUGCAGCAGGCGGGCAAGGCGGAUGCUGGGGAGUACAGCUGCGAGGCCGGGGGUCAGAAGCUCUCCUUCCGCCUGGACGUGGCAGAGCCUAAGCUGGCGUUUGCCAAGGAACAGCAGGCACACAGCGAGGUGAAGGCAGAGGCGGGGGCCAGUGCCACACUGAGCUGCGAGGUGGCCCAGGCCCAGACUGAGGUGACAUGGUUCAAGGACGGGAAGAAGCUGAGCUCCAGCUCGAAGGUGCGCGUGGAGGCCUCGGGCUGCUCCAGGAGGCUGGUGGUGCAGCAGGCGGGCAAGGCGGAUGCUGGGGAGUACAGCUGCGAGGCCGGGGGACAGAAGCUCUUCUUCCGCCUGGAUGUGGCAGAGCCCAAGCUGGUGUUUGCCAAGGAGCAGCAGGCACACAGUGAGGUGAAGGCCGAGGCGGGGGCCAGCGCCACCCUGAGCUGCGAGGUGGCCCAGGCCCAGACUGAGGUGACAUGGUUCAAGGACGGGAAGAAGCUGAGCUCCAGCUCGAAGGUGCGCGUGGAGGCCUCGGGCUGCUCCAGGAGGCUGGUGGUGCAGCAGGUGGGCAAGGCGGAUGCUGGGGAGUACAGCUGCGAGGCCAGGGGACAGAAGCUCUCCUUCCGCCUGGACGUGGCAGAGGCCGAAUCCCAGAUUCCGGAGAGACCCAGCCGCAGGGAACCUCUGGUUGUCAAGGAACAUGAGACCAUUAUCCUGACUGCCACAAUAGCUGCACCCUCUGUGGCUGCUGUGACCUGGCUCAAAGAUGGAGUGGAGAUCCGCCGCAGUAAGCGGCAUGAGGCCACCAGUCUGGGUGAUACCCAUACCCUGACCGUGAGAGGCGCACAGGUCCUGGACAGUGCCAUCUACAGCUGCCGUGUUGGCAAGGAAGGUCAGGACUUCCCGGUGCAGGUAGAAGAGGUGGCCGCCAAGUUCUCCAAACCCCUGGAGCCCGUCGAAGGGGAGCUGGGUGGCACCGUGAUGCUGGUUUGUGAGCUGAGCCCGGAGCAGGCUGAGGUUGUGUGGCGCUGUGGGAACACACAGCUGCGGCCAGGCAAGCGCUUCCAGAUGACAUCAGAGGGGCCUAGGCGCACGCUGACCGUGUCUGGCCUUCGAGAGGAUGACGCAGAGGAGUAUGUGUGUGAGAGCCGGGAUGACCGCACCAGCGCACGGCUCACUGUUAAAGUUCCCCGAGUGGUCAAGUUUACGUCUGGAUUGAGUGCCAUGGUCGCAGAGGAGGGCCAAGAGGCCACCUUUCAGUGUGUCGUGUCCCCCAGCGAUGCAGGGGUCACAUGGUACAAGGACGGGAUGCAGCUGCAGCCUAGCGAGAAGUUUGUUAUGGUAGAGAGUGGGGCCAGCCGCAGCUUGACUAUCUUGGGCCUGACCCUGGAGGAUGCCGGUCAAGUCACAGUGGAGGCUGAGGGGGCUUCAUCUUCUGCUGCCCUCCGGGUCCGAGAGGCACCGGUCCUCUUCAAAAAGAAGCUGGAGCCACAGACAGUGGAGGAGAGGACCUCUGUGACAUUGGAGGUGGAGCUGACGCGGCCCUGGCCCGAGGUGAAGUGGACACGGAAUGCUGCCGUCCUGACACCCAGCGAGAACGUGGAGAUCCGCGCUGAGGGUGCUCGGCACUGUCUGGUGCUGCGCAGCGUGGGCUUUGCUGACCGCGGCUUCUUUGGCUGUGAGACACCAGAUGAUAAGACUCAGGCCAAGCUCAAUGUAGAAAUGCGGCAGGUCCGGCUGGUUCGCGGUCUGCAGGAGGUGGAGGCUAAGGAACAGGGCACGGCCUCGAUGGAUGUGGAGCUGUCCCAUGCCGAGGUGGAGGGCAGCUGGACCCGAGAUGGCCUGCGACUUCAGCCUGGACCCAAAUGCCACCUGGCCGUACAAGGCCCUGUCCACAUCCUCACACUCUCGGCGCUGCAGCCACAGGACAGUGGGCUGGUGGCCUUCAGGGCCGAGGGCGUGCACACGUCUGCGAGGCUCAUAGUCACUGAGUUGCCCGUGAGCUUCACCAGAGUACUACAGGAUGUGGUGGCCACGCAGAAGGAGAAGGUCACCCUGGAGUGUGAGCUGUCGAGGCCUGUGGAUGUGCGCUGGCUGAAGGAUGGUGUGGAGCUGCGGGCAGGCAAGGCCAUAGGCAUAGUGGCCCAGGGAACCUGCAGGAGUCUCGUUAUCUACCGCUGUGAGACUGGGGACCAGGGUGUCUAUGUAUGUGAUGCUCUUGAUGCUCAGACCUCUGCCUCUCUGAGGGUGCAAGGGAGGACAUACACGCUUAUCUUCCGGAGGGUACUGGCAGAGGAUGCAGGGGAGGUCAAGUUUGUAGCUGAGAACGCAGAAUCAAGAGCUCACCUCCGAGUGAAAGAACUGCCCGUGACCCUCCUGCGCCCACUGAGGGACAAGAUUGCCAUGGAAAAACACCGUGGAGUGCUGGAGUGCCAGGUGUCCCGGGCUAGUGCCCAGGUGCGGUGGUUCAAGGGCGGAGUCGAGCUGCAGUCUGGGCCCAAGUACGAGGUGGUCAGUGACGGCCUUUACCGCAAGCUGGUCAUUAAUGACGUGCAGCCUGAGGAUGAAGAUACGUACACCUGUGACGCUGGCAACGUCAAGACCAGUGCCCAGUUCUUUGUGGAAGAGCAAUCCAUCACUAUUGUGCGGGGACUGAAGGACAUGACAGUGAUGGAGCCUGCCCCUGCCUGGUUUGAAUGUGAGACAUCCAUCCCUUCCGUGAGGCCACCCAAGUGGCUCCUUGGUAAGACUGUGCUCCAGGCAGGGGGGAACGUGGGACUGGAGCAAGACGGCACCGUGCACCGGCUGACACUGCACAAGACCUGCUCUACCAUGACCGGGCCUGUGCACUUCACUAUCGGCAAGUCCCGCUCCUCUGCCCAGCUGGUUGUCUCAGACAUUCCUGUGGUACUGACACGGCCUCUGGAGCCCAAAGCAGGGCGUGAACUGCAGUCAGUAGUCCUGUCCUGUGACUUCAGGCCAGCCCCCAAGGCUGUGCAGUGGUACAAGGAUGACACACCCCUGUCCCCGUCAGAAAAGUUCAAGAUGGCGCUGGAGGGCCAGAUGGCAGAGCUGCGCAUACUCCGGCUCACGCCAGCUGAUGCUGGGGUCUACCGGUGCCAGGCGGGUAGCGCCCAGAGCAGUGCUGAGGUUACUGUGGAAGCUCGGGAGGUGACAGUGAUUCAGCCACUGCAGGAUGCAGAAGCCAUGGAGGAAGGCCGGGUCUGCUUCUCCUGCGAGCUGUCCCAUAAGGAUGAAGAUAUCGAAUGGUCACUCAAUGGUACACCCCUGUACAAUGACAGCUUCCAUGAGAUCAGCCAUGAGGGCUGUCUCCACACCCUGGUGCUGAAGAGUGUCCGGCAGGCUGACACAGGCACCGUGUGCGCCACCUCCCCCAAGGUGUCCGUUUCCGCCCGGCUGGUGGUUAAAGGCAAGCCAGUGGUGUUCCUGAAAGCACUGGAUGACGUAUCUGCAGAAGAGCGUGGCACGCUGACCCUGCAAUGCGAGGUCUCCGACCCCGAGGCACGCGUGGUUUGGCGCAAAGAUGGUGUGGAGCUUGGUCCCAGCGACAAGUAUGAUUUCCUACAUAAGGCAGGUGCCCGGGGCCUUACGGUCCAUGACCUGAGCCAUGAGGAUGCUGGACUGUACACCUGCCAGGUGGGCAGUAAGGAGACCCAGUCCAAGGUCAGCGUACAUGAUCUUCACGUGGGCAUCACCAAGAGGUUAAAGACAGUGGAGGUGCUGGAGGGAGAGAGCUGCAGCUUUGAGUGUGUCCUUUCCCACGAGAGUCCCAGUGACCCAGCAGUGUGGACGGUCGGUGGGAAGACAGUGGGUGGUUCUGGCCACUUUCACGCCGUUCGGCAGGGCCGCAAAUACACCCUGACAGUCAAAGAUGCUGCACUCAGUGAUGCAGGAGAGGUGGUCUUCUCGGUGCUGGGCCUCACUUCCAAGGCCUCGCUCAUCAUCAGAGAGAGGCCAGUGGACAUCACCAAGCCCCUGGAGGACCAGCGGACGACGCUUGGGGAAGAUGUAAUGCUAAGCUGUGAGCUGUCCAGGGCAGGCACCUCUGUGCGCUGGCUGAAAGACGGGAAGGCCAUCAGGAAGAGCCAGAAGUAUGACCUGCUCAGUGAAGGCACGCGGGCUGUGUUGGUUGUCCGCAAGGCCUCACUCAAGGAUUCAGGGGAAUACACCUGCGAGACAGAAGCUUCGAAAAGCACUGCCAAGCUCUGUGUGGAAGAAAAGGCAAACCGGUUCACGGAGGAGCUGGCUGACCUGCAGGUGGAAGAGAAGGGCAGAGCUGUGUUCACAUGCAAGACAGAGCACCCAGCAUCUGUCGUGACCUGGCGCAAAGGCCUCCUGGAGCUGCGCGCCUCAGGGAAGCAUGUCCCCAGUCAGGAAGGCUUGACCCUGAAGCUCACCAUCAACGCCCUGGAGAGGACAGACAGUGACACUUACACCUGUGACAUCGGCCAAGCCCGGACCCAGGCACGGCUCCUCGUCCACGGCCAGAAAGUGCGCGUUAUUGAGGACCUAGAGGACACUGCUGUCCAGGAGGGCUCCUCUGCUAAGUUUUGCUGCCGCAUCGCUCCUGCUGACUACGGCCCCGUGCACUGGUUCCUGGAUAAGACCCCCUUGCACAGCAAUGAGCUGAAUGAGAUCACUGUCCAGCCUGGAGGCUAUCACGUGCUCACCCUGCGGCAGCUGGCACUCAAGGACUCAGGCACUGUCUACUUUGAGGCGGGUGACCAGCGAACCUCAGCUGCCCUGCGGGUGACUGAGAAGCCGAGCAUCUUCUCUCGGCCACUCACAGACGUCACAGUCACAGAAGGCGAGGACCUGACUCUGGUCUGUGAAACCACCACUGUGGAUAGCUCUGUGCGCUGGACCAAAGAUGGGAAGACACUGAGGCCGUCUGCACGAUGCCAGCUGAGCCAUGAAGGCUGUCAGGCCCAGCUGCUCAUCACUGCCACCACCCCACAAGAUGGUGGGCGGUACAAAUGUGAGAUUGGUGGAGCCUCCAGCAGCUCCAUUGUCAGGGUCCAUGCUCUGCCAGUGCGGUUCAGGGAGUCCCUGAAGGACGUGGAGGUACCAGAGGGCAAGGCCGCCACACUGCGCUGUGUGCUGUCAUCCGUGGCUGCACCUGUGGAGUGGCGUCAUGGAGAUGAUGUCCUGAAAUCCAGCAACAAGUAUAGCCUGCGCCAAGAGGGUGCUGUGCUGGAAUUGGUCAUCCGAGACCUGCAGCCCCAGGACAGUGGGCAAUACUCAUGCUCCUUUGGGGACCAGACAACUUCAGCCACACUCACAGUGAAAACCUCUUCUGCCCAGUUCGUAGGGAAACUGAGAAACAAGGAGGCCACAGAAGGGACCACGGUCACACUUCGGUGUGAGCUGACCAAAGAGGCCCCCGUGGAGUGGAAGAAGGGAACAGAGACCCUGAGAAAUGGGGACAAAUACAGUCUGAAGCAGGAUGGAGCUGUGUGUGAGCUGCAGAUCUGUAGUCUGCUGGUGGCAGAUGCAGGGGAGUACUCGUGUGUGUGUGGGCAGGAGAAGACUUCAGCCACGCUGACUGUCAAGGCUCUGCUUGUCCACUUUGUCAGAAGGCUCAGGAGCAAGGAGGCCACAGAAGGAGACACGACCACACUGCAGUGUGAACUGAGCAAGGCUGCCCCCGUGGAGUGGAGGAAGGGAACAGAGACCCUGAGAGAUGGGGACAGAUACAGCCUGAAGCAGGAUGGGGCUGUGUGUGAGCUGCAAAUCCGCAGCCUGACCAUAGCAGAUGCUGGCGAGUACUUGUGCACGUGUGGACAGGAAAAGACCUCAGCCACGCUGACCGUCAGGGCCCUUCCAGCUAAGUUCAAAGACAGUCUGAAGAAUGAAGAGGCUACAGAAGGCACCACAGCUACACUGAGCUGUGAACUGAGCAAGGCAGCUCCGGUGACAUGGAAGAAAGGACCGAAGACCUUGCAAAGUGGAGACAAAUAUGUCCUGAGGCAGGAUGGAGCUGUGUGUGGACUACAGAUCCAUGGCCUGACCAUGGCUGAUGCUGGGGAGUACUCGUGUGUGUGUGGGCAGGAGAAGACGUCAGCCACGCUGACUGUCAGGGGCUUGCCUGCCAAAUUUAUAGAAGAUCUGAGAAGCCAAGAAGCCACAGAAGGGGCCACAGCAAUCUUAAGAUGUGAGCUGAGCAAGGCUGCUCCUGUGGAGUGGAGGAAAGGGUCUGAGACCCUGAAAGAUGGGGACAGAUACACCCUGAGGCAGGAUGGGGCCGUAUGUGAGCUGCAGAUCCGUGGCCUGGCUGUGGUGGAUACUGGGACAUACUCGUCCCUGCCCACCAAGUUCACAGAGGGUCUGAGGAAUGAAGAGGCCACGGAAGGCACCAUGGCCACUCUGAGGUGCCAGAUGAGCAAGGCUGCCCCUGUGGAGUGGAGGAAGGGGUCAGAGACCCUGAGAGAUGGGGACAGAUACAGCCUGAGGCAGGAUGGGGCCAUGUGUGAGCUGCAGAUCCGUGGCCUGACCAUAGAAGAUUCUGGGGAGUACACAUGUGUGUGUGGGCAGGAGAAGACGUCAGCCACACUGAGUGUCAAGGCUCUGCCCCCCAGAUUCAUAGAAGACUUGAGAAGCCAAGAGGCCACAGAAGGCACCAUGGCCACUCUGAGGUGCCAGAUGAGCAAGGCAGCCCCUGUGGAGUGGAGGAAGGGGUCUGAAACCCUGGGAGAUGGGGGCAGAUACAGCCUGAGGCAGAAUGGUGCUGUGUGUGAGCUGCAGAUCCAUGACCUGGCUGUGGAAGACACUGGGGAGUACUCAUGUGUGUGUGGGCAGGAGAAGACCUCAGCCACACUGAAUGUCAAGGCCCUGCCCCCCAGAUUCAUAGAAGACUUGAGAAGCCAAGAGGCCACAGAAGGCACCAUGGCCACUCUGAGGUGCCAGAUGAGCAAGGCAGCCCCUGUGGAGUGGAGGAAGGGGUCUGAGACCCUGAGAGAUGGGGGCAGAUACAGCCUGAGGCAGGAUGGGGCUGUGUGUGAGCUGCAGAUCCAUGACCUGGAUGUGGAAGAUGCUGGCCAGUACUCGUGCGUGUGUGGGCAGGAGAAGACCUCAGCCGUGCUGACUGUAGAUGCACUGCCCCCCAAGUUUACAGAGGGUCUGAAGAAGGAAGAGGCCACAGAAGGGACCAUGGUAACACUGAGGUGCCAGAUGAGCAAAGAAGCCACGGUGGAGUGGAGGAAGGGAGCAAAGACCCUCAGCGAUGGGGGCAGAUACAGCCUGAGGCAGGAUGGGGCCAUGUGUGAGCUGCAGAUCUGUGGCCUGGCUGUGGAAGACGCUGGGGAAUACUCAUGUGUGUGUGGGCAGGAGAAGACCUCAGCCACACUGAGUGUCAAGGCCCUGCCCCCCAGAUUCAUAGAAGACUUGAGAAGCCAAGAGGCCACAGAAGGCACCAUGGCCACUCUGAGGUGCCAGAUGAGCAAGGCUGCCCCUGUGGAGUGGAGGAAGGGAUCCAAGACCCUGAGAGAUGGGGACAGAUACAGCCUGAGGCAGGAUGGGGCCAUGUGUGAGCUGCAGAUCUGUGACCUGGCUGUGGAAGACACUGGGGACUACUCAUGUGUGUGUGGGCAGGAGAAGACCUCAGCCACACUGAGUGUCAAGGCUCCACAGGUGGUAUUCCAGCAGCCACUGCAGAAUCUGCAAGCAGAAGAAGGCUCCAUGGCCAGCCUGCGGUGUGAGUUGUCAGUCCCCAACGCUGCCAUGGUCUGGAGCAAGGGUGGUCUGGAGCUGCAGGGUGACACGCGCCGAGAGGCACGGCAGCAGGGGUGUGUGGCAGAGCUGUUGCUUAGGGACCUGCGUCGCGAGGAUGCGGGCGAGUACAGUUGCACCUGUGGCUCUCAGACCACAAGCGCCACGCUCAUGGUCACAGCUGCUCCUGUGCGGUUCCUCCGGGAACUGCAGGCCCAGGACGUAGAUGAGGGGGCCACCGCACGCCUGCGCUGUGAGCUGAGCCGGGAGGCUGUGAGCGUGGAGUGGCGCAAGGGCUCCUUGCAACUUUUUCCUUGUGCUAAGUAUCAGAUGGUGCAGGAGGGCACAACUGCGGAGCUGCUGGUCCAUGGGGUGGAGCAGGAGGAUGCAGGCGAAUACACCUGCGAUGCAGGCCACACGCAGAGCAUUGCCAGGCUCUCUGUCCGAGCCCCCAAGCCCAAGUUCAAGACCGACCUGCAAAGCACAGAGCAGGAAGCAGGUGGCACGGCACGGCUGUGUUGUCAACUGAGCGAAGCUGAGCCAGGGACUCCAGUGCAGUGGCUCAAGGAGGGGGUGGAGCUGCACGUCGGCUCCAAGUAUGAGAUGCGGCGCCAAGGGGCUGUGUGCGAGCUGCUGAUCCAUGGGCUGGAGGCCAAGGACACUGGAGAAUAUGCCUGCCUGGUGGGUGGCCAGAAGACCUUGGCCUCCCUCAGAGUCAAAGAGCCUGAGGUGACCAUCGUGCGGGGACUCGUGGACAUGGAGGUGCAGGCCGAUGAGGAUGUGGAGUUCACUUGCAAGGUGUCACAGGCAGGAGCCACAGACGUGCAGUGGCACCUCCAAGGUCUGCCACUGCAGAGCAAUGAAGUGACAGAGGUGGCUGUCCUUGCGGACGGCUGUACCCAUGUGCUCCAGUUAAAGGGUGUGACACUGGAGGAUGCUGGUACUGUCUCCUUCCACGUGGGCGGCCUUUCAUCUUCUGCUCAGCUCACAGUCCGAGUCCCUGAGGUGACCGUUCUGGAGCCCCUGAAGGAUGUGCAGCUCAGCGAGGGCCAGGAUGCCCACUUCCGGUGCCGACUGUCCAGGGCCUCGGGCCAGGAGGCUCGCUGGGCUUUGGGAGGGGUUCCCUUGCAGUGCAACGAGAUGAACGACAUCACUGUGGAGCAGGGCACACUCUACCUGCUCACUCUGCACAAGGUGACCCUGGAGGAUGCUGGGACCAUCACUCUCCAAGUGGGCUCAUGCUCCUCAGAGGCCCAGCUGAAGGUCACAGCCAAGAACACGGUGUUGCGUGGCCUGGAGAACGUGGAUGCACUGGAGGGCGGUGAGGCUCUGUUCGAGUGCCAGCUGUCCCAGCCUGAAGUGGCCGCCCACACCUGGCUGCUGGACGACGAGCCUGUGCACACGUCGGAGAAGGUGGAGGUGGUCUACUUUGAGAACGGACUGCGGCACCUGCUUCUACUCAAAAACCUGAAGCCACAGGACAGCUGCCGAGUGACCUUCCUGGCAGGGGAUGUGGUCACGUCCGCAUUCCUCACUGUGAGAGCUCUUCCUGACCCCCCUGAAGAUGCUGAAGUGGUGGGGCGUAGUGACCAUUCUGUGACCCUAUCCUGGGUGGCUCCCAUGAGUGAUGGAGGUGGGGGUCUAUGUGGUUAUCGUGUGGAGAUGAAGGAGGCAUCCACAGGCCAGUGGCAGUUGUGCCAUGACUUGGUACCUGGUCCAGAGUGCGUGGUGGACGACCUGGUCCCCGGGAAGACCUACCGCUUCCGAGUGGCAGCUGUGGGUCCAGCAGGUGCUGGGGAGCCUGUACACUUGCCCCAGAUGGUCAAGAUAGCCCCAGCCCCGGCCCCGGCCCCGGCCCCUGCCCCAGCCCCUGCCCCAGAAACACGGCAGGCAGUAGUUGGUGAAGACAUCUGUCUGGAGUUGGAAGUGGCAGCUGAUGGUGGCGAGGUCGUCUGGCACAAGGGAACAGAGCGCAUCCAGCCCGGAGGGCACUUUGAGGUCCUCUCUCGGGGUCAGCGGCAGAUGCUGGUGAUCAAGGGCUUUAGGACCGAAGACCAAGGGGAGUACCGCUGUGGUCCCAUUCAGGGUCUGCCCUCCUCAGGAGCUGCCACGUUCAAUGUGGUCAUGACCUCAGGCUCUGGGGAUGAGGUCCCGGCACAGCCUAGCCUGCCUCCCGAGGCAGCCCAGGAGGGUGACCUGCAUCUGCUUUGGGAGGCCCUUGCCCGGAAGCGCCGCAUGAGUCGGGAGCCCACGCUGGACUCCAUCAGUGAGCUGCCUGAGGAAGACAGCCGUGUGCAGCAUCUGCGGCAGGAGGCAGAAGAGACAGCUCCCGACCUCUCUGAAGGCUACUCUACAGCGGAUGAGCUAGCACGCACAGGAGAGGCCGACCUCUCACACACCAGCUCUGACGAUGAGUCUCGGGCUGGCACCCCUUCCCUAGUUACCUACCUCAAGAAGGCCGGGGGUCCUGGGAUCUCACCCUUGGCCAGCAAGCAUGAGGCCCAGGUGACCACGUCUGUGAAGCCACAAAAGCAGCAGGAGCCAGUCGUGCCCACGUGCCCACCGCCGGGAGACUUGAGUGCAGCAGAUUUGAUGGAUCCAUCCCUGGACAAGGCUGCUGUGAAGAUUCAGGCUGCCUUUAAGGGUUACAAAGUGCGGAAGGAGAUGAAACAGCAGGAAGGGCCUGUGUUCUCACGAACAUUUGGGGACACAGAGGCACAGGUUGGGGAUGUGCUGCGGCUAGAGUGUGUGCUGGCCACCAAGACUGAUAUGCGGGCCUGCUGGUUGAAGGAUGGCAUCGAGUUAACAGAUGGGCGCCAUUACCACAUAGACCAGCUCAAGGAUGGUACCUGCUCUCUGCUGGUCACUGGCCUGGCCCCCACUGACUCUGGCCGUUACACCUGUCAGGUGAGCACCAAGUCUGGCCGUGUGAGCCACAGUGCCUGCGUGGUGGUCAGUGGGACAGAGAGCGAGGCCGAGAGCUCCUCUGGGGGCGAGCUGGAUGAUGCUUUCCGCCGGGCAGCGAGACGCCUGCACCGCCUCUUCCGCACCAAGAGCCCAGCUGAGCUUUCAGAGGAGGAACUCUUCCUCAGCGCUGAUGAAGGCCCCGGGGAGCCAGAGGAGCCCGCAGACUGGCAAACAUACCGAGAGGAUGAGAACUUUGUGUGCAUCCGUUUUGAGUCCCUUGCAGAGGCCCGCCAGGCAGUCACCUGCUUCCGAAACAUGUUUGCCACUAUGGGCAUCGGGGUGGAGAUCAGCCUAGGGGAGCAGGGACCCCGGGGAGUGGAGAUGCGCAUCGGCAAGGUGGCCCCUACUGUCACCCCUGCAGUGCCGCUUGCAAAGACACCUGGCCUGCAGACUUCAGAUGCUGCCCCAGUGUUCCUGACCGAGCUGCAGAACCAAGAUGUGCAGGAUGGAUACCCCAUGAGCUUCGACUGCGUGGUAACGGGCCAGCCUGUGCCCAGUGUGCGCUGGUUCAAGGAUGGGAAGCUGCUAGAAGAGGAUGACCACUAUAUGAUCAAUGAGGACCAACAGGGGGGUCACCAGCUCAUCAUCACAGCUGUGGUGCCGGCAGACAUGGGUGUCUACCGCUGCCUGGCGGAGAACAGCAUGGGCGUCUCCUCCACCAAGGCUGAGCUUCGUGUGGAAUUGACCAGCACAGACUAUGAUACUGCUGCGGAUGCUACUGAGACCUCAUCCUACUUCAGCGCCCAGGGAUACCUGUCCAGUCGGGAGCAAGAGGGAACGGAGUCAGAUGAGGGGCAGCUUCCCCAGGUGCUGGAGGAACUGAAAGACCUCCAAGUGGCCCCCGGGACACGCCUGGCCAAGUUCCAGCUCAAGGUGAAAGGCUAUCCAGCUCCCAAACUGUAUUGGUUCAAAGAUGGCCAGCCCCUGACCACGUCUGACCACAUCCGCAUGACUGACAAGAAGACCCUGCACACCCUGGAGAUUGUCUCGGUCACUCGGGAGGACAGCGGCCAGUAUGCAGCCUACAUCAGCAAUGCUGUGGGUGCUGCCUAUUCGUCAGCCCGGCUUCUGGUCCGAGGUCCCAGUGAACCAGAAGAGAAGCCAGCAUCAGAUGUUCAUGAGAGGCUGGUGCCACCCCGAAUCCUGGAGAAGUUCACCCCCAAGAAAGUGAAGAGGGGCUCCAGCAUCACCUUUUCAGUGAAGGUGGAAGGACACCCGGCCCCCAGUGUGCAUUGGCUCAAGGAGGAGGCAGAGAAGGGAGUCCUGUGGAUUGGCCCUGACACCCCGGGCUACACCAUGGCCAGCUCUUCCAAGCAGCAUAGCCUGGUCCUGCUGGACGUAGGCCGACAGCACCAGGGCACCUACACAUGUAUUGCUACCAACCCUGCUGGCCAGGCGCUCUGCUCUGCCAGCCUGCACAUCUCUGGCUUGGCCAAAGAAGAAGAGCAGGAGAGAGUGAAGGAGGCCCUCAUUUCCUCUUUCCUGCAAGGGACAAGCCAAGCUGUCUCAGCCCAGAUGUCAGAAUCCGCAGGUUUUGCUGAUCUUGUCGGGCAAAGCAAAGGCGAGUCUCUGGUGGCUGAGGAGGCCCACAGUCACCUGUCCCUUGCUGAGGUGGGCACUGAAGAGUUCCUGCAGAAACUCACCUCGCAGAUCACGGAGAUGGUAUCGGCCAAGAUCUCUCAGGCCAAACUCCAGGUGCCUGGAGGUGACAGCGAUGAAGAGACCAAGACACCAUCUGCUUCUCCUCGGCAUGGCCGGUCACGUCCUUCCUCCAGUGUUCAAGAGUCCUCCUCAGAGUCAGAGGAUGGGGACUCCCGUGGUGAGAUCUUUGACAUCUAUGUGGUCACAGCUGACUAUCUGCCACUGGGAGCUGAGCAGGAUGCCAUCAUUCUGAGAGAAGGCCAGUAUGUGGAGGUCCUUGACUCUGCCCAUCCCCUGCGCUGGCUUGUCCGGACCAAGCCCACCAAAUCCAGUCCUUCCAGGCAGGGCUGGGUGUCACCUGCCUACCUGGAUAAGAGGCUCAAGCUGUCUCCUGAGUGGGGGCCCACUGAGGCCCCCGAGUUCCCUGGCGAGGCUGUGUCUGAGGAUGAGUAUAGAACGAGGCUGAGCUCUGUCAUCCAGGAGUUGCUGAGUUCAGAGCAGGCUUUUGUGGGUGAGCUGCAGUUCUUGGAGAGCCACCACAUGAAGCACCUGGAGCGAUCUCCCCGAGUACCCGCAGCUGUGGCCAGCCAGAAGACAGUCAUCUUUCGUAAUGUGCAGGACAUCAGCCAUUUCCACAGCAGCUUCUUGAAGGAGCUGCAGGGCUGUGGCACCGACGAUGAUGUGGCCAUGUGCUUCAUCAAGAACCAGGAGGCCUUUGAGAAGUACCUCGAGUUCCUGGUGGGCCGCGUGCAAGCUGAAUCAGUGGUUGUCAGCACCCCAGUCCAGGAGUUCUACAAGAAAUAUGCAGAAGAGACACUGUCAGCCAAGGACCCCACACAGCCACCCCCACCUCCUCUUCAGCACUACCUGGAGCAGCCAGUGGAACGGGUGCAGAAAUACCAGGCCUUGCUGAAGGAGCUAAUCCGCAACAAGGCCCGCAACCGGCAGAACUGCGCGCUGCUGGAGCAGGCCUAUGCUGUGGUGUCUGCCCUGCCUCAGCGCGCCGAGAACAAGCUGCACGUUUCUCUCAUGGAGAACUACCCAGGAACCCUGGAGGCCCUGGGAGAACCUAUCCGCCAGGGCCACUUCAUAGUGUGGGAGGGGGCCCCAGGGGCCCGGAUGCCUUGGAAGGGCCACAACCGGCACGUCUUCCUCUUCCGAAACUACCUGGUGAUCUGCAAGCCCCGAAGAGACUCUCGAACCGACACCUUCAGCUAUGUGUUCCGGAACAUGAUGAAGCUGAGUAGCAUCGACCUGAAUGACCAAGUAGAGGGGGAUGACCGCGCCUUUGAGGUGUGGCACGAACGGGAAGACUCUGUGCGCAAGUACCUGCUGCAGGCACGGACCGUCAUCAUCAAAAACUCCUGGGUGAAGGAGAUCUGUGGCAUCCAGCAGCGCCUGGCCCAGCCUGUGUGGCGUCCCCCUGAGUUUGAAGAGGAACUAGCGGACUGCACAGCCGAGCUGGGUGAAACGGUCAAGCUAGCAUGCCGAGUGACGGGCACACCUAAGCCUAUUGUCAGCUGGUACAAAGAUGGGAAGCCAGUGGAGGUGGACCCACACCACAUCCUCAUUGAAGACCCUGACGGCUCCUGCACCCUCAUCUUGGACAACCUUACUGGCAUAGACUCUGGCCAGUACAUGUGUUUUGCGGCCAGUGCUGCUGGCAACGCCAGCACCUUGGGGAAGAUUCUAGUACAAGUGCCCCCACGGUUUGUGAACAAGGUCCGGGCCACACCCUUUGUGGAGGGAGAGGAUGCACAGAUCACCUGCACAGUGGAAGGAGCCCCGUACCCUCAGAUCAGGUGGUACAAGGAUGGUACCCUGCUAGCCCCGGGCAACAGGUACCGGAUGUUGAAUGAACCCCGCAGUGGUGUGCUGGUGCUGGUGAUCCAGGCGGCCAGCAAGGAGGACCUGGGACACUAUGAAUGUGAGUUGGUGAACCGGUUGGGCUCAACACGUGGUGGUGGAGAACUAUACAUGCAGAGCCCUGCACUGCGUGCCCGGGACCAGCACCACCGGGAACAGAUUGUGGCUGCCGUAGAAGGGGCCCCGUCCAUGCAGGUCACUAUUGAGGAUGUACAAGUACAAGUAGGGGACAUGGCACAGUUUGAUGCUGUCAUUGAAGGCCACCCACCACCCAUAGUAACCUGGUACAAGGGCAGCACCCAGCUGACGAGCAGUGCCCGGCUGAGCCAACGGCAAGAUGGAACGACAUACUCCUUGGUGUUGACUGACGUGGCUCCACACGAUGCCGGUGUCUACACAUGUGUUGCCAAUAAUGCAGGUGGACAGGUGCUCUGCAAGGCAGAGCUGCUGGUCCAUGGGGGGGACAAGCUAGAUGCCGAAAAUCAAGUCUAUCGGAGAAAACUGCAUUCCUUCUAUGACGUUCAAGAAGAGAUUGGGAGGGGUGUGUUUGGGUUUGUGAAAAGGGUUCAGCACAAAGGAAACAAGAUGUUCUGUGCCGCCAAGUUCAUCCCCCUACGGAGUAAAACUCGGGCCCAGGCAUACCAGGAACGAGACAUCUUGGCUACACUCGGCCACCCACUGGUCACUGGGCUCCUGGAUCAAUUUGAGACCCGGAAGACUCUCAUCCUUAUCUUGGAACUGUGCUCGUCUGAGGAGCUGCUGGAUCGGCUCUUCAAGAAGGGUGUAGUGACUGAAGCCGAGGUCAAAGUCUAUAUCCAGCAGCUGGUGGAAGGCCUACACUAUUUGCACAGCCAUGGUAUCCUCCACCUGGACAUAAAGCCCCCCAACAUCCUGAUGGUGCACCCAGCUCGGGAAGACAUCAAGAUCUGUGACUUUGGCUUUGCCCAAAAGAUCACCCCUUCAGAGCCACAGUACAGCAAGUAUGGCUCACCCGAAUUCGUGUCCCCAGAGAUCAUUGAGCAGAAUCCUGUGAGCGAGGGCUCAGACAUCUGGGCCAUGGGCGUCAUCUCCUACCUCAGCCUCACCUGCUCAUCCCCAUUUGCUGGAGAGAGUGACCGCGCCACCUUGCUCAAUGUUUUGGAGGGGCGGGUCUCCUGGAGCAGUCCCACGGCUGCUCAUCUGAGUGAGGACGCCAAGGACUUCAUCAAGGCCACGCUGCAAAGGACCCCCAGGGCCAGGCCUAGUACUUCCCAGUGCCUUGCCCACCCCUGGUUCCUGAAAUCCAUGCCUGCUGAGGAGGCCCACUUCAUCAACACCAAACAGCUCAAGUUCCUUCUUGCUCGAAGUCGCUGGCAGCGUUCCUUGAUGAGCUACAAGUCUAUCCUGGUGAUGCGCUCCAUCCCUGAGCUGCUUCAGGGUCCCCCAGACAGUCCAUCUCUAGGAGUGGCCCGGCACCUACGAGGGGAAGCCAGUGGCGCCUCUAGCUCAUCAUCUUCCUCAGACAACGAGCUUGCCCCAUUUGCCAGGGCUAAGUCGCUGCCACCUUCUCCUGUGACUCACUCGCCACUGCUGCACCCUCGGGGCUUUCUGCGGCCUUCGGCCAGCCUCCCAGAGGAGACAGAGGCCAGCAUGCCCACUGCUGAUGCGGCCGUGCCAGCGUCCCCACAGAGUGCUGGGCCUCCGGCAAGCCCAGGUUGUGUGCCCCGGCACAGCGUCAUCAGCAGCCUGUUCUACCAGCAAGCUGGCGAGGGUGCAGAGCGUGGGAACAAAACAUCGGGUGCCAAGAGGCACCCUGCGCGGAGGCGGCACCUGCUAAAGGGUGGGUACAUUGCAAGGGCCUUACCCGGUCUGCGUGAGCCCCUCAUGGAGUACAGCUUGUUGGAGGAAGAGGCGGCUAGGGAAGAGCAGGCCUCUCUGAUGACCAAGACACCCUCCUUUGAGACUGCCCUGCGACUACCUAGUUCCAGUGUCAGAGAGGUCCCAGGCCGAAGCCACUCCCUGGACAACCCACCAGUCACGACUGGCCCCUCUCCUGAGGCAUGCAAGGAACAACUCCUGUUCCCACCCUCCACGGGGUUGACUCAUGAAACCACUGCCAAGGACAGGGGGCACAAAGAGGGGUUCUUGCAGGAGUCUGUCCCCUUUCCACCUAUGAGUGGUGACUCGAGGCCUGGGAAGCAAGAGGGAUCAUCCCAGGACAGUUGUAGAGGGAAACCAGCCUCUUCCUGUCACUCUGAGCUGGGUUCUGGUUCCCAGGAGGGCUGUGGCCCUCCAUCAUCUCAAUCGCUUGGCUCCUUACCUCCACAGUCAUUGAAGAAGGAGCUCUCAACGUCCUGUGGCCCACUCUUUUCAGAACAGCCUCAGGCAGCCCCAUUCCCAACUCAAGUAAGCCCCCUUCUGGGUUCUGAGAAGGAACCUCAGGAUGGCUCUCUAUCUGAAGGGCCAGUUCCAGUUCCCUCCAGUUCUCCAGGGUCAGCUUCCCAAGUAGAUGCAUCCUUGGAUACUGAAGGCUUGUCUGAAGCUGGGGACACAUGUGACUUCACGCCUCCUCCACAGCGGCCUCAGGAGCAGGCCACCACCCGGAAGUUCUCUCUGGAGUCCCGUGGGGGCUAUGCAGGGGUGGCAGGCUAUGGUACUUUUGCCUUUGGCGGGGAUGCAGGGGGGAUGCUAGGGCAGGGUCCUCUCUGGGCCAGGAUGGCCUGGGCUGUGUCCCAGUCCUCAGAAGAGCAGGAUGAAGCUGCGACUGAGAGCCCUCAACCUCUGGAGAGCUUGGGGCCCAUUGCUGAGGCCAGUGGGGUUCCCCUAAGGACCUCUCCAAGCCUCACCCCUUGGGAGGAAGUUGAGCAGGUUUCCCUGGUGCAGAUCCGGGAUCUGUCUGGUGAUGCGGAAGCAGCUGACACUAUCUCCUUGGACAUUUCUGAGGUCGAUCCUGCCUACCUCAACCUCUCGGAUCUAUAUGACAUCAAAUAUCUCCCAUUUGAGUUCAUGAUCUUCAGAAGGGUCCCCAAACCUAUAGAGCAGCCAGAGUCACCUGGCUCAGAAACCGAAGCUGGGCAAGGGCUGGCAGAUUUCCUGGAGGAGGCCGCGUGGCCCUGGCCAGGCGAGCUGGGACUGCGUGCUGGUCUGGAGAUUACAGAGGAGCCGGAGGAGCCAGGGGACCUGGAAGCACUGCUGGGCGAGGCUGCUGUGGGCAGGAAGCGCAAGUGGUCCCCCUCCCGGGGCCUCUUCCAAUUCCCUGGGAGGUGCCUGUCAGGGGAGGAGCCUGUGGAGCUUGGGCUGCGCCAGAGGGUGAAGGCUUCCAUGGCUCACAUCUCCAGGAUCCUCAAGGGCAGGCCGGAAGGUCCUGAGAGGGAAGGGCCUCCCAGAAAGAAGGCAGGCCUAGCUUCUUUCCGGCUGUCAGGCCUGAAGGGCAGGGACCAAGAACUCUCAGACGAGGCUGUGGUCCUGGGCCAAUCAGUGACACUGGCCUGCCAGGUGUUGGCCCAGCCAACUGCCCAGGCUACCUGGAGCAAAGAUGGGGUCCUCCUGGAGAGCAGCGGCCACCUCCUCAUCUCCUCCACCCUGAAGAACUUCCAGCUGCUGACCAUCCUGGUGGUGAAAGAGGAGGAUCUGGGCACAUAUACCUGCUGUGUGAGCAACCCGCUGGGGACAGCAGUCACCACAGGUGUCCUCCGGAAAGCAGAGCGCCCUUCAUCUUCUCCACGCCCUGAGGUGGGGGAACUAUACAAGGAUGCGGUGCUGCUGGUCUGGAAGCCUGUGGAAUCCUGUGGCCCGGUGACCUACAUUGUGCAGUGCUGUAUAGAAGGAGGCAGCUGGACAACCCUGGCUUCAGACAUCUCUGACUGCUGCUACCUCACUGGCAAGCUAUCGAGGGGUGGCAUGUAUAUCUUCCGGACAGCAUGUGUCAGCAAAGCAGGAAUGGGCCCCUACAGCAGCCCCUCAGAACAGGUCCUCCUCGGAGGACCCAACCACCUGGCCUCUGAGGAGGAAAGCAGCCGGGGGAGGCCAGCCCAGCUUCUCCCCAGCACAAAGACCUUUGCCUUCCAGAUGCAGAUCCGGAGGGGCCGCUUCAGUGUGGUGCGGCAGUGCAGGGAGAAGGCAAGUGGGCGGGCCCUAGCUGCUAAGAUCGUUCCCUACCAACCUGAGGACAAGACAGCUGUACUAAGAGAAUACGAGGCACUUAAGAGACUGCACCACCCACAUCUGGCCCAACUCCAUGCCGCCUACCUCAGUCCCCGGCACCUGGUGCUCAUCCUGGAGCUGUGCUCUGGCCCUGAGCUGCUACCCUCUUUGGCAGAGAGGGAAUCCUACUCAGAGUCUGAUGUGAAGGACUACCUGUGGCAGAUGCUGAGUGCCACCCAGUACCUGCAUGCCCAACACAUCCUGCACCUGGACCUGAGGUCCGAGAACAUGAUGGUCACUGAGUACAACCUGCUUAAGGUUAUAGACCUGGGAAAUGCCCAGAGUCUCGACCAAGAGAAGGUCCCAGCCCCUGAGAACUUCAAAGACUACCUGGAGACCAUGGCUCCAGAACUCCUGGAAGGUCAAGGGGCUGUUCCACAGACAGACAUUUGGGCUAUUGGUGUAACAGCCUUCAUUAUGCUGAGUGGCGAGUACCCAGAGAGCAGCGAGGGGACUCGCGACCUGCAGAAAGGCUUGCGCAAGGGACUCAUUCGGUUGAGUCGCUGCUAUGCAGGAUUAUCAGGAGGAGCCGUAGCCUUCCUGCAGAGUUCAUUAUGUGCUCAACCCUGGGGCCGCCCGUGCGCUUCCACCUGCUUGCAAUGCGGAUGGCUGACAGAGGAGGGCCCCACCGGCUCCCGGCCCACGCCCGUAACCUUCCCCACCGUGCGGUUGCGCGCCUUUGUGCGCGAGCGCGAGAAGCGGCGUGCGCUCCUCUACAAGAAGCAUAACCUGGCCCAGGUGCGCUGAGGUCCAGCUCUACAGAGCAAGAUGUGCCAUGCCACAUGCGGGGACACCCGCUAAUAAAAGAUGCAAAACGGCCAAA